CUUAGCUAGCUGUAACUCGCCGUCUCUAGUCAUGUGAAUGAGGGCAAGGCGGCAGAGGGAAAGCGGUUUUGAUCACGACGAUAGUGGUAUAGCUAGCUAAAGCGGUUGCCGCCCACGUUUACACGCACAUAUUUUGCUAUACUUGUCAUAGCCAGAGUUCACCGUACAGAACUUCUGACGGUAACCGCCGGGCGGCUUGAACCACUUUUUAAAAACGCUUUCUUUGUGGGAAACGUUCUUGCAGUAAGGAUGUCUUUGAAUGAAGAGGGUUAUGUGGUUAGGAUCAGAGGACUACCCUGGUCCUGCUCACAGGAAGAGGUUGCCAGUUUUUUCUCUGACUGUGACAUCGUUGGGAAAGUAAACGGAGUGUGCUUUACCUACUCCAAAGAAGGACGUCCUAGUGGAGAGGCUUUUAUUGAGCUGAAAAUGUCUGAGGAUUUCAAGAAUGCCCUUGCCAAGGACCGUAAAUACAUGGGACACCGAUACAUAGAGGUGUUCAAGUCGAACCGUAGUGAGAUGGACUGGGUACUUAAACGUAGCGGCCCUGCUGAUUAUGACAGCUGCAGCGGCUGCAUGUUGCGACUUAGAGGCCUUCCCUUUGGCUGCAGCAAGGAGGAAAUUGUUCAGUUCUUCUCAGGGUUGAGAAUCGUGCCAAAUGGGAUUACUCUGCCAGUGGACUACCAGGGGAGGAGCACAGGGGAAGCCUUCGUGCAGUUUGCCUCAAAGGAGAUAGCAGAAAAGGCUCUGGGGAAACACAAGGAAAGAAUAGGGCACAGGUAUAUAGAGAUUUUUAAGAGCAGUCGCAAUGAGAUCAAAGCCUACUACGAGCUGCCCCGGCGGGGGAUGGGAGGCCAGAGACCGGGGCCCUACGAUAGACCCAUGAUGGGGGCACCCAGGGGAGGAUUUUUUGGGCCAGGGCCUGGCCGCGGUGGGGCUCUGAUUGACACCAUGAGGAGUGGAGGGGGCUAUGGAGGAGGUUACGGUGACUUUGACAGCUACAAUGGCUUCAACAACUACUGUUUUGGCAACGGCAUGUUUGAUGAGCGAGUGAGAGGAGAAAGGGUAGUAAGAGGGAUAGGAGGCCACGGUUACGGUGGUCAAAACGAAGUUUGUUCAGGCCUCCACAGCGGCCAUUUUGUCCAUAUGAGGGGUUUACCUUUCCGUGCCACGGAGGGAGACAUCGCUAAAUUCUUCUCUCCUUUGAAUCCCCUGAGGGUCCACGUUGAUGUGGCUCCCAACGGGAAGUCGACUGGAGAAGCAGAUGUGGAGUUUCGCUCCCAUGAAGACGCUGUGGCAGCCAUGUCUAAAGACAAGAACCACAUGCAGCAUCGCUAUAUUGAGCUGUUUCUUAACUCAACAGCUAGUGGAGCAGCUGAAAUGGGUCGUGGCGGUUACUAUGGUAACUCAGGAGGGGGCGGAGGCUCACGGAGCAGCGGGCUGCGAGGUUCAUACUGAUGAUGUCAUCCCACGCUUCCAAUCCAUCCUGGCGUUUGUCUCGCGUCUCUUCAGGCCACAUUCACUGUUACUUUUUCCAAGCAGAAGAGCUGAUCUGAAGUCAGUCAUUUGGUUUGUAACAGCCGUUCUUUUUAAGGUGGUUGUACUAAAACCUUAUUUCAGAUACUAGAACAGAUCAGAUAUGACCUCAACAAGCACUAUUAUUAUUAUUAUUAUACUAUUCCUAAAAGGAUAUGAAGAACGUAAAUUGUCAAUAUUAUGUUGCCGCUGUGGUAGAUGCUAAAUUUUGGUUAAUGGGACAUAGUGGAUGUCUUGUUUCUUACAUUUUUAAAACAAUUGGUUAUAGUUAUAGAUUUUUAUAAAAUCAUUUAUUUUUUGCGGGUUUUGAAAAGCAUUGAAUGGGAUGCACUUUGAUUUGUCUUGUUUCACAUUCCACUGUUGGCAGGAGAUGUUAGUCAGAACACAGAUGAACAGCUGAGGGGUUUAAUAAGUAGAAAAGGAUCAUUUUGUGGCAGUGCACUGAAUCUAAUCAGUUGAUGUAAACUUUGCUUUGGAAUGGAUGACGGGCUGGGGUAAUGGUGGUCAUUAGGAGGUGGAGCAACGUGAGAAGCAACGUCAAAACAUUCCAAGAAUCUCUAAGUAAGAAAUUCUGAUUUGAAAAA